ACUUAAUACUCUAGUUGAAAAUGAAGUGACUGAUAGUGAGGUGACUAAUAGUGAAGAAAUAUUUUUGCUCGUAAAUACAGUAGAAAAUAACAAUAAAGAGCCAAAAAGAUACAAGAGAAAUACAAAACUCACCUUACUUGUAAAUGUACCUUAUAUUAUUAGAAUAAAGCUGGAAAAACUGAGGUACAAAGAAGUACCCAAAUUUUGUGUAAUGCAACAAAUAUAUGAAAUAAAUAUGCUUCAGAAACUAAUAAACAACAAAGAAAUAGAAAUCUUUAAAAUGUAUCAAAUAUGUAUAAGAGAUGUGCAACAAGAAUUCCAGUAA